CGAACCCCAAACAACAGACUCUCCUUCGGAAGAAGAUGCUAAUUCCGGCGCUCUGAUUCACCUCUAAUGGUGAUCUCCAGAAUUCCACCGCAUCUGUGAUAGAACGCGAAUGUGACUCGUUUUUGUUUAUUUGUUUGCUGAUUCUUCGUCUACAACUCACUUCACAAUGGAUAGCUGGAUAUCAAAGUUUCACUGGUACAUCAUAGGACUUCAUUUAUUAUGUAUCUGCAUUAAUGCUCAGGACAUAAGAUCACAGCAUCGCAAUAACCGCAGGAAACUUCCAACUGUCAUCAUCACUAAAGAACAUUUGAAAAGAAUGCCACAGUUGUACGGCCCUAUUGGUGGCACAGCAGCGGAAUUCAUAGUUAGUGCUGGAUUAGAUAACACUCAUUCAUCUGCAGUCAGAAUAAGAAAAGUAAGCAGUAGAGGAAGCAACGGCACUCUUUCACCUAAUCCAAUUUUAAAUGCAAGUCGAAUUGAUAAUUUUAAUCCCCACGAACCACCGAGAAGACCAGAUCCAAUAAGUAAUAAUUUUAAUAUUGCAAAUGACAGAAGACAGCCUGUUAUCUAUCGGCAGUCAAUAAAUAGGAGGCAAGAUGUGUUAAAUGAACGAAACAAUGCUCAGUUUCAUCACCAACGUUUCUUUCCAACUGUUGACGUGAACAUAAAUGGGCCACAUCCAAGGUACGUUCCUCCGAUAUUUGUUCCAUAUUACCAACAACAGCCUCAAAAUCCUGGUCAUGAUAUGAGACCAGCAUUUCCUUACAGGCCAUCAUUUAACAAUCCAAAUAGACCAGCUGAAGGAUAUGAUUACCAAUACAGAACAGCUCCAAAACCAUACGACAAAAAACCUCAUAUUCAACCUGAUUUUAACAAGGACAAAAUAACAAGCACCGCAAUUUAUUCUGAUCCCGUACCCACAGGAAUUGAUAAAAUUGAUUCUGAUUCGGAUCAAGAUGAUACCGAUAUAAAGUUUAACGAAGAACAUCCAAAAGAAGAGAUUAAAAAGACAGCUACUCCACACAAGCACAUUGUUGCCGAAACUCCUGUUUUGAGAUUAAAUCGUGUAAAACCUCAAGAUGCUAAAAAUCUUAUAAUAAGAAGACCAUCAUUAGUUCUGAGAGAUCAAAUAACUGUAAAUGAGGUGGGUGAAUCAUCGGAAAGACCUCGCUUCGGACCAAGAGCGCUUCAGUUUGACGAAGAUACCUCAAGAACUUCUCGCCGUAAACGCCAGGCAGAUUCUGGGGAAUCAUUAAAAGAAAAGUUCAGCCAUUUCCAAAGCAAAAGAAUAAGUCACAACAUUGAUAAAAUAGAUAAGUCGAAUGAAGAGAAAAAUGAAUCUGAUUCUAUAGAAUUGUCCAAAGAGCAAAAUGAAUCUGAUUCUAUAGAAUUGUCCAAAGAGCAAAAAGAAACAACAGAUUUCCCUUUGCUUUCAAGCUUGAAGAAUAUUUUAGGUGAAUUUACAAAAAACAGGCAGAGGUUAGCUAGAAAGUAUGCUUUUCAACAAUUUGAUGAUUCCAAAGUGACCAAUUAUUCUCGAACAAAUUCUUCGGAUGAAAUUCCUGCCAAUGGUCGAUCUGCGUUUUACUCAGAUGUAAACUAUCAAGCACAAAUGGACCAUUUUCCAUUAUCUAGUGACGAUAGAUCACAAGGUGGCGUGAUGUCGUUUUCAGAUUUUUUAGCAUCUCCACUUGCUGAGCAGAUCCGUUUGGAUCGACAAGUUAUGUUUCGAAAUUUAAGCUUCUUAAAUGACAGUCUCAUUAAUGAAAAUUUCAACGUAAGUGCAGGAUUCGAUUCAAUCACACAGAAUUCAACGCUUUUGAAGAAUAUUGUUGCUGCUAAAUUGCUCCAAAGUAUUUUGAAUAUUGAUGGUAAUAUUUCGAGCAAUGCAACAAGAAUGGAUGAUGUCUCGCAUCCUCGUAGUAAUCCUGACAAGAUGGCGUCUUCUGAACAACGACAGUUUGGCAUUGUGGUUAGCCCUUAUGAUGGCCAUGAAUCUUUUAUCUCUAAGUCCACUAUGCCUGUGAUCAGGAUACUGAAAGGAAAGAUUGUGCCCCUGCCUGAUUUGCCACAGGAACUCAUACCUAUUCUUCUUGGAACAUACAGACCAAGUUACACAUCAGAAGCAUCUUUUGAUGAACCGAAGCUCACAGAUAGUAUUUUAGACAAUGCUCUUCUGUCUCUUCUCAAGAAUGAAGAAAUGAUGAAUCAACACCGUCAGGUGAAUCGUAAAUUACAUCCUAUGGGAUACAGACUAAACAGGAAAUCCCCUUCUACCAACUACAUUGGUUCUAUGAAAGCCUCCGAACCCGUUGAGAAAACCAGCCACAGCUAUAAACCCAACGAAUGGUCUCUUGGGCCAAGAUGUGAUCGGCUUACGGAAGAAAUUUGUCUAGAUGAUUCUGAUUACCCAAGCUCUGCCAUUAUGAGCAGCAUCUACAAGGACAAAUCCAAGUUUGACCUGAUGUAUGCGGAGCUGAAAGUUCGUGAAAGUCAAGUUGAAGGCCUCUCCCGACAACAGGAACAGGCGUACUCCUUCGACCACUACUAUGGUCCUUAUGCGCAGGGUUCAAGCUCCUCUCUGGUUCCAAAGGAUUAUGGUCCGGCUGGGGGCUUCGUGUGUCCGUCGGAAGUCCACUAUGGUCGACCCCACCGCGCUAAGAACAGAAAGGGCGAGUGGAAGGUAGUGGUCAAUGUUGGAGAAUACACGCAAACGUUGAGGAUGGAGAAAUGUCUCGCUUCUGGAAAUCCCUGCAAGUACGUUGUGAGCCCCAUACAGUCCACUUGUGCUCAAGUCUACAGUUAUCAUAGACUUCUCGUAUUCAACAAAGACCUAGGAUUGCACAUUGAUCUGUUCCGAGUUCCCACCUCUUGUGCCUGCCACCUGAGGGCUGCACAGCAAGAUCACACUUCUAAAUUUUCGUCUCGAAUCCCGAUGGUUCACAGACCCAAUCCUUAUGAGGAAUUUGGAGGACAUGUAGAGACUGCGCCGUCUCCGCAACUGAUGUCUGAAGGUUCAUCAACGGGUAUGAACGAUAAAAAGAACUCCUUCAGUAGCACUUUAUGGGCUAUUCUAGGAGGUGGACAGCAGGCCAGUGCUUUGGCCCAACAACCUCAAUUUUUAGACGAAGUGCAGAAGCAAAUUAGUUGGACUCAACAGAUGAAGCACUUCCCUCAAUUAUUGAAGCAGAUAUCUCCAAAUCAAGUGUUAAAGCAGCUUUUGGAAGACGAUGAAGAUGAAGUUCCUGUUCGAAGACAGCGUGUCCGACAACCUGCAGAUCGUUACAAUUCAGGAGGAUUCGCUAGUCACCCGGUCCCGAUUUCAGUCCCUCUUCCACCCCCACCUCCACCUCCAAUGGUCAUCGCUCGCAGACCAGUAGUUGGUGCUGCUACACCUGAUCAGAAACAUCUUUUUGGCAUGCCUUCCAAUGCUCAAGCCAAAAUAAUCAAAAUCUCGCCAACAGAAUCUUCAACCAAAGUUUUCAGCCUUACCAAGGAAGGUUCUCCGGGCAAGACAGUUGUUCGUCUAACAGAAUCCAGCCCUCAGUCCAUCUUUGGUGGUUCUUCUGUUCAUGAAUUGAAAGCCUACAAGAUCAGGCCAGGUAUGUACCAUCCAUCAACAGGCACUGGCGAGAAGAUACAGAUAUCCGAAGCCAGUUUAGUUCCUGUUGCCCCUCAGUUCUCGGAUCAAGCAAAUUCAGAAGGAGUUUUAAAACCUAUUUUGAAGCCAAUGCCUGUUCCAAAGGGAUCCAAUAAGCGUGUUGUUGAGGACGAAGACUUGAUAGCGGUUGAAAAGUCUGAAGAAGGUGAAGUACAUGCUUUUAAAGUUGAAACGUUCACAGAACAGAAAGCCCCUGAAGACAGCACAGAAGAUUCCUCUGAAGAUGGGAAAAUCAAUUUUUCAUAUCAUCCCAUUUUGGAAUAUUUAAAUCUAUAAUCUGAAGGAUUACGCACUGAGGAAUAAUACAGUAAUGCGGUAAAAAUAAAAUUAGAAUUUGCGAAAAAGAAGUUCGAUAUUUGAUACAUAACCAGAACAAAUUGAAAUCAAAUGUAAGAGGAACAAAAACUUAAAACUUCAAAAGGAAUUUUUGAAAUGAAUUUAAAUUCCAAAAGCAUUUCAUAUUAAAUAUUUUUAACAUAAAAUGGAAACGAAUAUUCUUCUUGGCGUGCCUUAAAUCCCGUUAAUGUUAUUAAUAGACAUCUCUCGUACUGCAGGACGGUACAAUUUUAUUAACCAGCAAUUAAAAUGUAUUGAUAAUUGUAACUUUUAAUACAUUUCUUUGAUUUUUUCAUUUCAUAGUUACAGUGGUAAGAGUCGUUACUUUGUGGUGUCUUUGAAAGUAAACUAUAUGUAAUCCAUUCAUAUUUCAAACAAUAUGCAAUCGCUUUCUUAAUCAGCAAGAAUUUAUUGCGACUGUUUGAUGAAUUAAUGUAUUUUAUCAAACGCAACAACAUUCAUUGUACUCGUUUGCUUUGAUGCUGUAUUAUUCGCUUUAAUGCAUAUUUAUUUUUGACUGUGGAACAAUGUACGUUAUUUAUUUAAUAAAUGUAAGAAACUUA